CGACUUUUCCUAGGUCAUAUUUCUUGCUACUCUCGCUCCUUCCUCCUCCUAAUGGAAUGAAUUGUACUCUUACCAGUCGGAUAUAGCCUUGUCGAAGAUUUCCCUCUCCUCUUAUGUCCUAUUGUGAAAGACGUGAUUACUCCUCUCGUUCCAUAGAUUCCAGAGAAUCAUGGUAAAUUUCAAAAGAGUUUUCACCCUAUCUCUUGAUUGUAUGAUUGGAAGUUCAAUACUUGUUUUGCCGUUCAUGAGAGUGUAAUUCACUUCAUGUCUAGUCAUUUACUAAUUUAUGCAGUUAUCCACGACAACUACAUAGUCGCUAGAUUUAGCUAACAUCUAUGAGUUAAAGACUUGAAACCACUAAAAAAAAUUUGUUACUGGCUCAUGCUCCGGAUGUUUACAUCUCAUUAUCACUAGCUCAAUUUCGCUUCAGCUGCUCGUAAUUUGUUGGUAAUCCAGUCAAGCUUUUUUAGAUCUAGACCAAUACGAUGCAUGGAUAUGUGAGUCCUCAAACCAAAAUUUUGUAAGAUAUGAGUUGUCUUCAUCAUCUAAAAGCAUUUCUAGGAGAUGAAUGCUCGUUAGGAGAUACUCUGCCUUUCUUGUCCCCCAUGGAAGGAAUAAGAACUUGGCUAGCUAGUUACCCCACAACUUGGAGACCCAAAAAAAGAAGGGGAAAAGCAACAAUAUGUAACAUAACAUAAACCUCAAAAACAAGGCAAAAAAGACAGAAUAAAGCCAUCCCCGUUUGGGGACAAGAAGAAGCUUUUUCAGCUUAUUUAACAGCUAAUCCCAUCACGCACUUACUGGUUACAAGAACAAUUGCAGAGGAUCGAUCGAAAAUGGAGAAGUCUGUGCCUUUAGAGAUUGAUUAGCCACCCAUUCCUAAUUAACCCUUUAUUCGUAUUCCCAAUUUCCCAUCUUCCACGCACUCUCCCAUUCGUUCAACGUUAGAUUGCUUCUCCAAGAAUAUAAUCCACCACCUAGCUUUUAUAAGUAUGAAAGGAUUCACGUUCUCUCCCGCAAGCUUCUUCCAAAGACAGACUCUGGACAUAUUUGGCUACCUCUUCCGACGAUCAGAUCGAGCGAGAGAAUGUCGAAUAAUAAGAACGUUGGAGUGGCGAUUUGCCUCCUGAUCAUGGCCAUGGAUGUCACUGCUGGCAUACUUGGGAUUGAAGCUGAUAUCUCUCAGAACAAGGUGAAGCAUUUGAAGGUGUGGAUCUUUGAGUGCCGGGACCCGAGUCUAAAGGCUUUCAAGCUUGGGGUUGCCGCUGCAGUGUUGCUAACGUUUGCACAUGUAAUUGCCAACUUGCUCGGCGGGUGCGUUUGCAUGUCGUCCAAAGCAGAGUUCACGAGAGCCUCCGCCAACCGGCAAUUAGCCGUCGCCUCCCUCAUCUUCGCAUGGAUCACCAUGGUGGUUGGGUUCUCAAUGCUGAUCAUAGGAAUAAUGGCGAACUCCAAGUCCAGAAAAUCUUGCGGCCUCUCUCACAAUCGAGUGCUUUCCAUUGGAGGGAUUCUUUGCUUCAUCCAUGGGCUCUUUACCAUCGCCUACUACGUCUCUGCCGCCGCCGCAGCCAAGGAAGAACAACACCUUCACGCCGGCCAUGUCUAGCACCAAUUCAAGUUCAGAGCUCAAAUUGUUCCUUAGUUCGAAAUACCCACUUGUAAUCUUCUGUCCAAUCCCCUUCGUUCAUUCACAAACAGAUUUGCUCGCAUAUUCUUAAAUAUAGUUCCGAACAGAUG